CGAAAUGCAGCUAACUCACAAUAAGAAAAAAUUAUGGCUAGGGGCUCUGUUGUUUCACAUAACGCUGAUCUCGGUGCAAGGGCGCGUCGGCAUGGGACCUGGUGACCAAGACUGGGACUACGUUGAGGUGCGCAAGGGUGCUCAUCUCUUCUACUGGCUCUUCCACACCACGGCCAACGUGAGUAGCUUUGUGGAGCGACCCCUUGUGAUCUGGCUGCAGGGCGGACCGGGGGUGGCAUCCACGGGCAGCGGCUGCUUCGAGCAACUGGGACCCAUCGAUAUCGAAGGCCGGAUACGGGAGAGCAGCUGGGUGCGGCAUGUGAACGUGCUCUUUGUAGACAGCCCCGUGGGCACGGGCUUCGCUUACGUGGAGGAUCACGGACAGUAUGCCAGUACCAACCGGCAGAUAGCUCUCGAUCUGGUCACUCUGAUGGAGAGCUUUCUGCAAAAGCAUCCGCUCUUCCGCCGAGUGCACCUGCACAUAUUCUCGGAGAGUUACGGCGGGAAAAUGGCGCCAGAAUUCGGGCUAGAGCUGCACCUGGCCAAGCAGCGCGGACGAGUGGAUUGCCAUCUUCAGUCUGUGGUGGUGGGAAAUCCCUGGACCUCGCCCCUGGACAGUAUCCUGGCCUACGCUCCCUACUUGCUCCAGAUGGGCAUUGUGGACGGCGAUGGGUACCGUCGAGUGUCCCAACUGGCCGGUGAGUUGGCUGCACUCGUCUACGCCGAGCAGUGGCAAAGCGCCCUGGCUAAGGUGGGUGAUAUUCAGGAGGAGAUCGCCACCAGGACAGGCGGGGUCUUCAUCUACAACACCCAGCGGCGCGUUCAUCAGGACGAGAUCUACCGCUAUGGCGAGGAUCCGGAGAUGAGCAACUUUAUCCGGACAAAUGUCACGCGGGCGCUGGGUCUCGAGAAGAAGCCUGUUUGGAUGGAGCAAAACGCCACGGUUUUCAUGCAACUCAGUGAGGAAAUCUUUAAGCCAGCCACCAAAAUUGUUACCAGACUCCUGGAUGAAACCCCGAUCCGAGUGGGAAUCUUUUCUGGAAUACUGGACUUACUCUGUGCCACUCCCGGCACUGUCAGUUGGAUCGGACGAUUAAAGUGGCGAAAUAGACGGGAUUACCUCGAGGCACCACGCACUCCCUUUCGCAUCCAGGGAGUCCUCGAGGGCUAUGAGAAGCACGGAGGACGGCUCAGCAUGUUCUGGGUCUUCAGGGCAGGACAUCUGGUGCAACAAGAUAACCCAGCGGCCAUGCAAUAUAUCCUGGGGUAUUUUACGACUUUUUAG